AUGCCUGUUACCGCGAUCGACUCGUUCUCCGAUUUCCAGAAAAUCAUUAACAGCGAUAAAGUUGUGGUGAUUGACUUCUGGGCGCCAUGGUGUGGACCUUGCCGAGCAAUUUCACCUGUUUUCGAGACCAUAUCGCAUCAUUCGGAUUACAGCCAUAUUGAAUUCUAUAAAGUUGACACUGAUGCAAAUGAAGACAUUUCUCAGGAAGUCGGCAUACGGGCAUUGCCCACAUUCAUGGCCUUUAAAGGCGGUAUCAAAAUAGAGGAGGUAAUUGGGGCUUCUCCGUCAUCUGUGCAACAGAUUGUCAAAACCGCAUCCUCUGCCUAA